CUUGAUUUCAGCUGUCACUGUCAACGUCAACUUCAAAACAUACUUGUGCUUGCUUCCGACGAACCAACCAAACCAAAGCAAAGGAGAAAAGGGAAUGUAAAUAAUAUACAUAGCUUGGAUUCUUGAACGCAUCAAAGGUCGUGUUGUUGUAUUUUUUCUUUUCCUACCCUUGUGCUAAUUUUUGGAAACGGUUGAAUUACAAAGUGUUCCUCACGAAAACAAUGAAAUAAUCAACAAAAACAAGACUGGCUAAGUUGUUGUGAAUAAAUUCGUCAUAAAAAGUGUUUUCAAAUUUAUGGAAGUGAUAAUGUUACUGUAAACUAGAUUGCAAGGAAUCUUUUUUGUGCUGAGCACAUCGUAUGUUUUCAUUGGAGUGUGGUGAGAUCUUCCACGAUGGCUGGCGGCUGCGCGUGGUCCCGCCGCCUCUCCAACCGCAUGCGCACGCUGCGCGGGCUAGUGCGGGACACGCAGCGCGCUCUGCACGACGUUUGCGAUAUACUGCACUUCGACCCUGAGAUUUCGAUAGCGGUACAGGAGAUCAGCAACCUCGCUUCUCGGACCACGGUCCUGGUGCUGCUAGGAACCAGUAUUGAGGCAAGAACUCGUCUAUUGCACUGCCUCUUGGGAAGACCAUUGUUACCUGAUAGACUACCACGCGGGUGCAGAUGGCUUCGCGUGCAGCACGGAACCAGUACACAAGUGCACCUGACCCUUGGGAACUCCGAGUUCGAGCUGGUUGAAGAGUUGGAGUGCAAUAGGAGACCCUGGGACACGCUGCCUGUAGAAGAUCUGAUUCGCCAAGACCAGACCGACCUCGCGACAAUGCUAGAAGUGGAAAUCAACAAUCCAUUCCUUAAAGACGGUCUUCACAUCUUGAUACCACCAGACAUAGAAUACGACCCUGGAACUGUCGACUUGAAGACCUUGAAGCAAAUACAUUCAGAGUUGUACUCAAAAAGGGAAUUAAUACUCAAGGGUUUCAACCCAGUAUACUUGUUUGCGAUAGACAAGAUAGGAAAGAAUGUAUUCAGUGAUAACUGUGGUGUUUCCAAUGAAAUAGUCAGUUCAAGGAGUGAAGAAGACUUUUGGAGUACAUUCAACUUGUAUUACAUGACUAGGUGUGCUAAUGAAAAUGGUGGAAGUGUUGAUAUAAGUGAUAGGAGUGAUAGUGAUAUUGUAGCUGAUAGGGAUCCUGGGAAGGAGAGUAAGAGAGAGCCAGCCGUUUUCAGUUCGGAGAACUGCCUAGACCUACAUCAACUAAAGGAGUUGAACCCUCACGCGCAGUUGCUCUUUGUUCUCUUCUCCGAUAGUGUGGAUAGUGCAGAAGGAAACAGAAGAGAACGGGUAAGGGUCAGCGUAGAAGCUACGGAGUCCACAGAAGAUACCGUUUAUUAUGCCGAAGAACUACCAGAGUCUGACCAGGGGUUCAUACAAAACGUUCUCAAUGAAACGGAAGAAUCACCACAACCGAAAACUAUCUCGACUGAUAACAGAAGACUGAGCGAAGAACAAAUAGCAUUUAUGAAUGAAUUAUUGGACCAGUGGGACCUCAUGUCCACUUCGCCGCCAAAACAUUACACAAAAAGUCAAUUCCUCAUUAUAGACGACAUAGAAAUACUAAAAAACACAGAAAGCACAUUAGCUCUGUACAUAUCUAACGCAAUUCAGAAUGCGAACGACAGUAGGUGCAAGCGAGACGGCGAUACUGAUAGAGUACUGAAGAGCAGGACGGCGCUACUGAGCUCCGUUGUGAAGUUCGCUACGGGCUGCCUUCAGAGCUAUCUGUUGGAUUACUGCAUUAGAUUGAGUGAAGUUCAUAUAAAGUUGCUUCAGCACUUCAUACUGGCGUCGUUCGAUAUGGCGCGCGAGCUGCAGGUGGUGCCCAAGAAGAUACAGUACGUGGCCAGGCAGGAGCAACAUCUGUUUGAGACCAUAAACGAAAAGUUCUCCGAGGGCGAUAAAAAACAGGAAUUACUACAGAUAAUGCAAGAAGUACUACAAGAGAUGAGAUCCGAAAUCAACUGUAUGGAUUGGAGUGUUGAUGACCUGCCUUGCCACCAAGAGCACAAGCUGGUGAUAUCCAACUCCGUGUUCUACUCGUCGCAGCCGUCCCCGUCGCCGUCGCCGGUCCGGCUGGCGUCGUCCGGUCCGGGCGGUCCGGCGUCCGGUCCGUCCGGUCCGGCGUCGGGCGCGGCGUCGGACGGCGAGGAGGCGGUGUCCUACGACAGCUAUAACUUCGACGAUUACGACAUCAUACAUGCCGAUGAGAGCUUGAGCGUCACCGAGUCUUGUAGGAAUCGAAUUAAAGAAGACGACAGCAUCAUUAUCUCCCCGGUGGAAUCCAUCCGCGUGGAGAACGAAGGCGAGAUGUCCAGCGUGUGGUCACGAUCAGGAUGGGUGACCGCGUGCCACGGUACUUCUGUAUCCUUCAAGCAGGCCUCGUUAGAUGUACAGCAGACUGUUCUGUCGAAGCUGAGUCGCAAAAUAAGUCUGAAGCUCAUCAAAUUCGUCGAUUGCCUCAAGGACACUUACUUUGGAACGUUGCAGAGAUGUCUGGAGACCCUCGAGUCGUCGUGUCGUCAGGAACUAGGCGGUCGUCCCGCGAGCGAGGCGAUGCGCCAGCUGCUAUCCGUCGCUAGACAAGUGGACUUGCAACCUUGCGCUUCCUUCUCGCUUCUACGAUCAUUACUCGAUUCUCUAAGAAGACUGCUUUAUAGACUCCGCAUUGGCGGCGGUGACGGGCAAUCAGCGUGUUGUGGAUUAAGCCCCGCGUGGCGCCGACACGUGGCGCUGCAUACUGCCAACACACUCAGCCCCCAGCGACUCGCCAAGCUCAUCUCCAUGCAGAUAUUAGAAAGACUGAGUAUGGCGCACGAGAGAUACCAAUCAGCUCUGACUUCCUUGGAGACCGUGCUGGCGAACCGGCUACAUCACACCGAAGAUAUCAAAUUAGCUAUAAGGAAAAAAUACGCUCCGUCGUUCGCCCGCUUGUGUUUAGAAAGCACUUCAAUAUGCGACCUGCUCAUGUAUGGACCGCCGGAGUUGGGACGAGAAAUAGGUCGCGGUCAAUACGGCGUGGUAUACUCGGUGCGGGGCGGGUGGGCGGGCCGCAGCCCCGCGGCGGUGAAGUCGGUGCUGCCGGCCGACGAGCGGCACUACCACGAGCUGGCCAUGGAGUUCUUCUAUACCAGGAGUAUACCUCCGCACCCCCGCAUAGUCCGCCUCUACGGGUCCGUGGUCCAGCGACACGGGGCGGGAGGGGCGGGAGGGGCGGGGCCGGGGGUGUUGCUAGUAUCCGAGAGGAAAGUGAGGGAUCUGCACGCCGCUGUGAGGGCUGGGCUAGGGUUCGCUGCCCGGAUGAGGAUCAGCUGCGAUAUUGUUGAGGGCAUUCGUUAUCUGCACUCAUUCGGCCUCGUCCAUCGCGAUAUAAAGAUGAAAAAUGUCUUACUAGACGAGAAUGAUCGGGCCUCUCUUUCUGACCUCGGAUUCUGCGCAGCCGAAGCCCUAAUGUCAGGGUCCGUAGUUGGAACCCCUGUACAUAUGGCACCCGAGCUAUUGGCUGGGGAAUAUGAUGCUUCUGUGGAUGUCUACGCUUUCGGUAUAUUGUUCUGGUACGUCUGUGCGGGUAACAUCAAACUACCCUCAGCUUUCGAGAUUUUCCAAAACAAGGAACAGCUAUGGAGCAAAGUUAAAAGGGGACUUAGGCCGGAACGCCUUCCGCACUUUUCAGACGAAUGUUGGGAAGUCAUGGAAUCCUGUUGGGCUUCGGAACCUUCGCAAAGAGCCCACUUAGGGGACAUCCAGCCCAAACUAGAGAAGAUUCUAGAAAAGGCCUUAAGAAACGACUACCCUAAUAAUGAACCUUGCGUCGAUAACAAUACAGGCUAUGAAGUAUCUGACGAUGAGAGUUUGGACAUGACUGGCAUUGAAAGGAACGGUGUUUGAUUCUUUUUGUGUUAGAAAUAAGGUUCACAAUUGCAUAUGUAUAUGAUAAAAGACUCCGCUAUGUAUUUGAGUUGUUUGUCGAUGACAAUUUUGUAAUUGCGUAUAUAAUAAUAAUGGACUUCGUGCCAAUUAAGAAGAGUUGUGUUUGAGUCUUAUAACUUGGAGAUAAGGUUCAUAAUUGCAUAUAGAA